AUGACCCAAGAGGAUCUUAACGAUGAUGGCAUUGUUGAUCAUCAAGACAUAUUUCUAUCGCCAUCCAAGCUAAAAUCACUGUCUCCUAUACGAAGUAAGUCUCCAAAGAAGUCUCCCAGAAGAUCGCUGAUACUCGAGAGUAUAAAAGUUGAAGAAUCUGUUAAAGGGUCUACGAUCAAAGAUGAAGACGUGGAGGACGAUGAUGAGCAAGAAGAGGACAAGUAUGAAGAUGCAGUUUCGGAAACGCCGCGUCGUAGAAGAAAGAAGGUUAAGGUAGAAGAGGAGGAUGCGCCAUAUCAACUGGGCGAUGAUCCUAGUGUUGAAGCAACUAUCAAGUCGGAAGAUUCUCCAGUGAAGAAAUCGCCGAGAAGAAAACUAGUGUUUUCAAAUGACCAGUCUUCGGCAGCAUCUUCGCCUAGCAAAAGAACUACUAAUGGUACAGCACAAAAGAUAAACAAGCUUCUUCUUGACGAUGAUGUACUUCCAGAAGAAAAUAUACAGGACUACAAGAACAUCAAACUAAAUUUGAACCCCGAUUUUAAACCAACACCAGUGCCAAAAGACGGUGAGCAUUCGAUAGCCCAUGACGAACAGUCACAGAUAUACUUCUUUGAUGGAUUUGAAGGGUAUAUAGAUCAAACUAAGAUUUUGAAAACGGAAAAAAGAUCCAAGAACUCGAUGUCAGCUGCGCCAAGCAUCACGCGAGAUGAGUACAAUAUUCUUUCUCAAUUGUCUAACGAUAUCUUCCAUAAAACAUCGAUCCACGCCAUACAAUCCAUCCAUAAAAAGUUAUUCCAGCAAUUUACGUUCGAAUUGCUUCAAGGAUUUACUUUGCUUUUCUACGGAAUUGGGUCAAAGAAGAAGUUUCUUGAAUCCUUCGCAUUUGAUUUCCUUUCGCCCAAAAUUGCCAUGUUACAAAACCCUGACAUUCAAGAAGAUGACGAAUGUGUGCCCGUAUUUGUUAUCAAUGGCUACAAUACCAUCUCAAAGAACGUGUUCUUGGAUAUAUUGAAGUUGCUCGCGGAGGGCGAAACCAUUGAAAUUAUGGCACAAUCGAAUUAUUGGGAUAACAGAAUUGAUUUACAAAUGGAUCGGCUCCUAAAGUAUUUUAGCAAGAGGCCGCCCACUGUGAAGAUGAUUCUUUUAAUUCACAACCUAGACGGACCCUCGUUCCGUAAGGAACAGUUCCAAACCAGAAUGAGUAUGCUGGCCCAAAUAAAGCAGAUUUGUAUCAUCGCAAGCGUAGAUCAUAUCCAGGCUCCUUUCCUUUGGGAUCAUUUUAAAGCCCAAUCGUUCAACUUUGUAUACCACGACAUCACGAACUUCGAACCUUAUAUUGUUGAAACAAUCCAGAGCAGCCACGCAGUCAAUCUAGCGAAUAACGAAUCCACUUUGUUCAACGCCACUGCGGCGAAAUAUGUUCUUGAGUCAUUAACGGAUAAUUCCAAGAGAAUGUAUAAGAUUUUACUGCAAUUGCUGAUGGAAAAGCAAAACAAAUCAAAGAACAAGAAAACAGGUGGUAAAACAACAACAGGAACUGAAUUCGCAAAACUGUUCGAAGCGUGUACCGAACAAUUUGUGGUGUCAAGUGAAAUGUCCUUGAGAACGAUGCUAUCGGAGUUCGUCGACCAUAAGAUGGCAUUCAUAACAAAAAACAAAAUGGGCAAAGAGAUUGUUGAUGUUAAAUACAGUUAUGGUGAUAUGGAAAAACUGGUAAAAGAGAUAGACGCAAUGGUUCAGUAG